GUUACCACCACCGUUGCAACCACCGAGCUUGAAAUAUCGUAUUUAUAUCGAGUCAGUAUUUUUUUUUCUUUUUCUCUUUUCUCGCUCAACGAGAUUGUUUGUUCUCCCUGCAUCUCUUGCCUAUUCGAAUGUAUCGGCCAAUAGAAGCCAUGUUUAACAUUAUGCCUGUGAGUGUUGUUCCCGCUAGCUCCAUAUCAUCAGUGGAGUGUGUGCCCCGACUGACUUUGUUAUCGGGUAGUCUAGUGUCAUCGUACUCGUAGCAUCAAUAUGCAACGUAUUUGUAGAGGUUUCACUUUUCUGGCAAAAGGUUCUCUACACCGCUUGUCCUCUGACGUCAUGCCUGGCUAAGCACGGAAUAGAAGCUUUGGGGGUGGUAUACACGGAAGAAGCCAAAAGAAGAGCUUCUGGAGAAGCUUGCAGCUGCAAAAUCUUACGAGGAGUGGGAAGUGAUUGCAACCCGGUUGGACGAAGUGUUGGGAAAUGACCUUUGGUGAGUUCUGUUGCAUGCGCUCUUAUCGGUCUACCCAUCAUGCUCCCGUACAAGUGCUUGCAUACCGCCACCCACUCGCUAUGUCACACUGAUUGUAUUAAAAAGGCGGCAAAAUCCGACAAGCAAAUAUUAUGACUAUAAACUCAUCCUUGACCGACUUCGGAGUUUAUCGGUGUCCAGGAAGGGGGGGGACGCCUUACGGUUGGUGAGCCUUCUACGUUCCGGUAUAUAUGCUCUCAUGCCAGUAUCCUUUCUUGUCCAUGCAGGUGUCGGGUGCUGAUUAAAUGAUAUAAUUAGGUCUCUUGAGAAAUCUCGGAAAUAUCACCAAUAUAAAUCUGUAUAAUCGGUCUUACGCUGGAAGCAAGCGGCUGAUUGAACACUAUAUCUCAGAAGUCGGGAUCUGCCUGGAGCAUAUUGCCUCGCUCCCGCCCCUGGCAUCCUUGACAUCGCAAUCAAAGCUUGACUUUCUUCAUGAUACUCGCCAAUCGUUUGGCCGUUCGACCCUGGUUCUCCAGGGCGGGGCAAUAUUCGGCUUGUACCACCUAGGAGUCGUAAAAGCUCUUCAUCUUCGUGGCCUAUUACCAAGAAUCAUUACCGGAACCGCAGUUGGAGCACUUAUAGCGGCUCUCGUUGGAAUCCAUACUGAGGAUGAGCUGCUCAGGUUCUUGGCGGGCGGUGGCAUAGACCUCAGUGCUUUCGAUACUAAAAAGAAAGAAGGCAGCUGGAAAAGGAAGAUAAACCGAUUCCUGCAAUAUGGAUACUUCCUGGACAUCAAAGUUCUGGAGGAAUGUGUGCGAGCAAAUGUCGGAGACCUAACGUUUGAAGAAGCCUACACACGCACUAAAAGAAUCCUAAACAUCACUGUCUCCACAGCUGGAAAGAACGAAGUCCCGACUCUACUAAAUUACGUCACAGCGCCAAACGUCCUGAUCUGGUCUGCAGCCUGCGCAUCAAACGCGACAUCAACAAUGUACGACAGGGUAGAGCUGAUGUGUAAAGAUGAAAACGGUACCAUAGUCCCCUGGGCCGCACAGGAAAUUGUCUGGCAGCCAUGGACCCGAGUCUCCUACACCGAUCGCGAAGCACCCACGACUAGGAUAGCAGAGCUCUUCAACGUAAACCACUUCAUAGUCUCCCAAGCAAGACCCUACCUAGCCCCUUUCUUAACCUCUGACCUCCACCGUCACCGCCGUCGCGGCAUAACCCUAAAACUCCUCAGGCUACUUGGACUGGAGCUCCGCCACCGCCUCAGCCAACUCGACCUCCUGGGCCUCCUCCCCUUCUCGGUCCGCCGUUUUCUGGUGGACGAGACCAUCCCGGGUGCCAGCAUAACCGUAGUCCCGCACUUGAAGGUGAUGGACUUUGAACAGUUGCUGGAAAACCCCACGUCCGAGACGCUGGACUACUGGAUUCUGAAGGGUGAAAGGAGCAUCUGGCCUGCCGUGGAACUUAUCCGGGUUAGAUGUGAGAUCGAGUUCACGCUUGACCGGCUAUACCAGAGGAUUCGGAAUAAACCACCUGGGUGUGACCAGGACUGGGAUAUGGCGGAUGAGCAUGGCGGUGCUGUGAUGGGAAUGACAAUGGGGCUGGGUAGUGGAGUUUCUACCGGUGGCAGCGGGAGUAGUAUUAGUACGGGAGGAGGAGGGGGUGGUGGAGGUGGAGGUGGGGGGAGAACAAGGAUAAGAGCCAGGCAACGAGCAGCGAGUGAUACGCACGAAAGACUCGGUGAUCGCAGGGGGCCUGGAUGAAGUGCACGAGAUAUAUUUUGGGAUAGUUUCUAUAGCAUAAUAAUCACUCUUCUCGAGUAA